AUGGUUCCCGCUCUCCAAAAGUACAAGGCCGCAGCCGUCAACGCUGAGCCUGGCUGGUUCGACCUUCAGGAGUCUGUUCGCCGCACCAUCCACUGGAUCAACGAAGCCGGCGAGAAUGGCUGCAAACUGAUUGCUUUCCCUGAGCUUUGGAUUCCUGGAUAUCCUUACUGGGCCUGGAAGGUCAACUACCAGGAGAGCCUUCCCCUGCUCAAGAAGUACCGUGAGAACAGUCUCCCCUCUGACUCUCAGGAGAUGCGCCGCAUCCGCGAGGCCGCCAAGAACAACAAGAUCUGGGUGUCCCUCGGCUACUCCGAGGUCGAUCUCGCCAGUCUGUACACCACCCAGAUUAUGAUCAACCCAGCCGGCGACGUCGUCAACCACCGCCGCAAGAUCAAGGCCACCCACGUCGAGCGCCUCGUCUUCGGUGACGGUACCGGCGACACCACCGAGUCCGUCAUGGACACCGAAAUUGGCCGCAUCGGCCACCUCAACUGCUGGGAGAACAUGAACCCCUUCCUGAAGGCCCACGCCGCCUCCCGCGGCGAGCAGGUUCACAUCGCUGCUUGGCCCUUGUACCCCGGCAAGGAGACUCUCAAGUACCCCGACCCCUACACCAACGUGGCCGAGGCAAACGCAGAUCUCGUUACUCCUGCCUACGCUAUAGAGACUGGCUCUUUCACUCUUGCUCCCUGGCAGACUAUCACCGCUGAGGGUAUCAAGGUCAACACCCCUCCCGGAAAGGAGCUCGAGGAUCCCCGUAUCUACAAUGGAAACGGUCGUAUCUAUGGUCCUGAUGGUCAGAACCUUGUUCCUCACCCGGACAAGGAUUUCCAGGGUCUUCUCUAUGUUGACAUUGACCUCGAUGAGAUCCACCUGACCAAGUCUCUCGCUGACUUCGGUGGUCACUACAUGCGCCCCGACCUGAUCCGCCUCCUUGUUGACACCAACCGCAAGGACCUAAUCGUCCAGGAGGACCGCACCAACGGCGGUGUCAUCUACACCCGCACCAUUGACCGUGUUGGACUUUCUACUCCUCUGGACGGCGCUUCAGAAUCUCAA